GUGGCAUGUUGAAAUCUGAAUGAAGAGUGAGAACCAUCUCGACGAGACAGACGAUUGAGAAGAAGCCUCCGGUUGUCCGGAGAUUGCUCACCCGCUCACCCGCUCACCCGCUCACUGGACUCAAUCGGGUCGUCUGGUUCAGUGAAUUGAACGAGUAAUAGAACGUGCACGAAAUAGAGCAACAGUGCCCGUUGACGCCCGAGUCUUUCAACACAACAACAUUCAAAAUGUCGGAUUUCGUGGAUAACGAGGCCAUGGUGAGCGAUGACGAGGACAUGGCCUCGGAAGCGGGGGGCAGUGGGGCGGCUUCGGUGGCCUCUGGCUCGCGAUCCCCGUCCCGCUCCCGAUCCGGCUCGGCGCGUUCCGGCUCGGAUGAAAACGAGGACGACGAGAACCCCACCCAAUCGAAAUCCGGGUCCAGCGGCAGCGGGCUUAAGAAGAAGAAAUCGGCCGUGAUCUCAUCGGAUGAAGAUGACGAGGAUGAGGACGAGGAUGAAGAGAAGGCCAAGGAGGAGAUGAAAGGAUUCAUCGCGGAUGAUGAUGAAGAAGAGGACGACGGCUCGGACUCGGAUGGGGUUCGCAAGAGUAGUAGUGGCCGGAACAGUCGCCACAAGCACCGAAGGCGGCGCUCUCGCUCGCGGUCUCGCUCGCGGUCUGACGAAGACAUCGAUGAAGAAGAUAUGGAACUGUUGCAAGAGAACUUGGGGUUCAAGUUCAAGAAGAACCGUAAGCGUAUCAAGAUUGACGAUGCUUCCGACGAUGACGAAGGUCCAGCGGAUUCUCGCAGUAACGAUGAGUUGCCCGAUAUCGACCAAGCGUCUCGAGGCGGGAUGGACGAUGGUGACGGGUACGAAUCCGAAGACGUCGAUGAUUUCAUCGUGGGUGAUGACGGACAGCCCAUUAAACGCGAUCGGAAAAAGAAAAAGCAGCAUCUCUUCAACGAUUCAGCCCGCCAAAUGGCUGAAGAUAUCUUCGGCGUGGCCUUCGACUAUGACGAGUUCGAGCAAUAUGGCGAGGAAGACUACGAGUCCGAAGAUGAAGACCUCGACGAGGAUGACGAGGAUUUGGAUCGACCUCGGCGAAAGAAAGAUCGCAAGAAGAAAGCCACGAAGACCAUCUUCGAUCUCUACGAGCCACGCGAGCUUGAGUUGCGCCAUUUCACCAAAGAGGACGACGACAUCCGAAACAAUGAUAUCCCCGAGCGAAUGCAACUCCGUGCCACGCCCGUCACCUCCGUACCUCCCGAUUCUGACGAGUUGGAUCGAGAAGCUGAGUGGAUCUUCAAGUACGGGUUCGCCAAGCCCGGUGUCUCGAUGCAGACUCACUUUUCUCGCAGUGAUUGCGAGAAUUGGGCUCGACAGCCCGGUACCGUGGAGAAGAUUAAGAAAGCCCUCGACUUCAUGCGCCAACAGUUCCUAGAAGUGCCUUUCAUCGCCUUCUAUCGCAAGGAGUAUGUGCAACCCGAGCUCAAGAUCAACGACUUGUGGCGCGUUUACAACAUGGAUGAGCUCUGGUGCAAACUCCAGACUCGAAAGCGGAAUCUUCGUAACCUCAUGAUCAAGAUGCAAGCCUUCCAGGGUGAUACUAUCAUGGCUGAUCCUGAAGCUCCCCUCUCCGAUGAUGUUAAGCUGAUCUCAAACGAGGACAUUGAAAAAGUGGAACAAGUUGAAACGUUCGAAGAAUAUAAAGAUCGAGACCAACACUUCAAGCUUUAUUAUGGCCGUGAUAUCGAGAUUAUGCAGGAGGCCAUGAAACGAAGGAAAAAAGAAGACAAACUCAACAAGAAGCAUCGGAAGAAAGAAAAAAAGCGUAAGACCAAAACCAUAACCAACGAAGACGGAGAAGACGUUGAAGUCACUGACGAUGAAGCCAUUUCCGAACCCGAGGAAGAAGAACCCGAGAUCGUUGAGCCCGACGACAACAUGGACGAAGACGUCGAAGCAUUGAAGCAGGCCAAGCGACACGACGCGUUCUCCCUUUGCAAAAAGUAUAAGAUCACGGGUAUCGCUCAGAAAUUUGGCUUAACAGCCGAGCAAUUUGGACACAAUCUCCACGAUGGCUACCAACGCUUCGACGUGGAACAAGAGGCCAAUGAACCCUUAGAAGUGGCAGCGGAGUUCAAGAAUGACAAGAUAUCCAAUCCUCAAGACAUCCUAGAAGCUGCUAAACAUUUGGUCGCCACACAAAUCGCUCGAGAUCCAUUGGUUCGAAAGGUAACUCGAGAUGCUUUCUUCGAGCGAGCUACAAUCACCGCCAGACCGACAAAGAAAGGCAUCAAAGACAUUGAUGAAGAUCAUGAGUGCUACGCCAUGAAGUAUCUGAAAGACAAGCCUGUGAGGGAUUUGAAGGAUGAUCAAUGGAUUCGUUUGACGCAGGCAGAAGAGCAGAAGAUUAUGACUAUUGAGUUAGGCCAAGAUCUUUGCUCAGUGAUGGGAAACAAGACCUUCUUGGAGGAGGCCAAGGAGCUGUUCAAGUACGACGCCUACUCGAAAUCCGUGCAAGAGUGGAACAACUUACGUGGUCAGUGCGUGGAGAUCGCCUUCAAACGGAUGCUUUUCCCAAUGCUAAGAAAAGAGUUGCGACUCAAACUGAACAAAGAGGCCAAGGACGGAAUUAUACAUGCGUGCCGAAAUAAGCUCUACGAUUGGAUCAAAGUUGGUCGUUAUUCUGUGACCUUUGAGGAUGAAGACGAGGACGAUUGGGACUCGACUCAUGGGUGCCGAGUCAUGGCCGUCAUGUACAAUGAUGAUCCGGAUGUAGCUUCCUAUGCUGUUUCCUUGAGCACGGAAGGUGAAGUGGUGGAUAUUCUCAAACUAGAUCAUUUACUCAAAAGAAAGAAUUCAUGGAAAGAGAAGGAGAGCCAAGAGAAGAUCUCCGAUUUGAAGGCCCUAAAAGGGUUUAUUCACUCCAAACGUCCUCAUUGCAUUGUGGUGGGUGCUGUGGAUCGCAAUGCCGUCGGCAUCAAGAUGGACUUGGAGGACGUGAUCAAAGAUCUGGUGGACGGCGAAGCUCAGUUCCCCAAUGUGGGCGUGUUCCUCAUGGACGAUCAUCUAGCCAAGGUGUUUGCCAACUCGCAAAGAGCCGAGCAAGAUUUUCGAGAUUACCCUGAAGUUUUGAGAGAAGCCGUGUCUAUGGCUCGACGAAUGCAAGACCCUCUGACAGAAUUUGCCCAACUCACCGGCCCCGAGAACGAAAUUCUUUGCCUCAGAUACCACAAGUAUCAAGACCUGUUGUCAGAAGACGAGCUCUUGGAAGCUCUCAAUGUUGAAUUCAUCAAUCGUACCAAUGAGGUUGGCGUAGAUAUCAAUGAAUGUGUUGCACACACUUACAUGGGAAAUCUAGUCCAAUUCGUUGGUGGACUUGGUCCCAGGAAAGCAGCCGCUUUGCUCAAGACACUCAGACAACUCCAAUCUUCUCAACGGCUAGAGAACCGUCAACAGCUGGUCACCCUUUGUCACAUGGGUCCCAAGGUCUUGAUUAAUUGCGCUGGAUUCAUUAAGAUCGAUACUUCGAGCUUGGGCGACUCCGAAGUGUACGUAGAGGUGUUGGACGGAUCUCGUAUUCACAACGAAGCCUACGAGUGGGCUCGAAAGAUGGCCGUAGAUGCGCUGGAAUAUGACGAAGAAGAUGGUAAUCCAGCGAAUGCUCUAGAAGAGAUCCUUCAAGAACCUGAAAAGCUCGCCGAGCUCGAUUUGGAAGCAUUCGCUCAAGAGUUGGAGCGGCAAGGCUUUGGCAAGAAAUCCAUCACACUCCAAGACAUUCGAGCUGAACUCACGCACAUGUACAAAGAUCUUCGAGAUGCGUACACCCCUCCCAAUUCUGAAGAGAUCUUCAAUAUGAUCACCAAGGAAACUCCCCAGACGUUCUUCAUUGGCAAGCUUCUUCAAGCCCAGGUGUUCUCUUUUGCAUACAAAAAACCUCAAGGAGAAGAGUUGGACCAAGCUGCUCCUGUUAAGGGAGAUCAGAACCUAUGGCGUUGUCCCUUCUGCGGCCAAGAUGACUUUCCUGAGUUAACUGAGGUGUGGAAUCAUUUAGACGCCGACAACUGCCCGGGCAAGGCUGUUGGAGUGAAGGUUCGUCUCGAUAACGGGCUUACUGGUUUCAUCCCGAUGAAGAACCUUUCCGACUCCAAUGUCUUGAAUCCGGAGGAGCGCGUGCGAAAAGGUCAGAAUAUAUUUUGUCGCAUCACCAAAAUCCAGCCAGAACGAUUUUCCGUGGAGUGUGUAUGCAAGUCUUCCGCCCUAUUGGACAAAGAAAAUGAAUGGAAACCUCGAUUAGACGACUACUAUGAUAAGCGAGCCGAAGGCGCUGACUCUGAAGAGGAAACCAAGAAGAAAGAGCAGAAACAGAGGCAGACGUACAUCAAAAGGGUGAUCGUUCAUCCCAGCUUCUACAACAUCAGCUUCAAAGACGCCGAAAAACUCAUGGUCAAUAUGGACCAGGGUGAUGUGAUCAUUCGCCCGUCCAGUAAAGGCGAGGACCAUCUCACGGUCACGUGGAAAGUUGGCGAUGACAUCUACCAGCAUAUCGACGUGCGAGAAGAAGGCAAAGAUAAUGCAUUUUCUUUGGGACGAUCACUAUGGAUAGGCAAUGAAGAGUUCGAAGACUUGGACGAGAUCAUUGCCCGACACGUUAACCCAAUGGCUGCUCAUGCUCGAGAUAUUCUCACAUUCAAAUAUUACAAGGAUACCGAUGGUGGCAAGCGGGAAAAGGCCGAAGAGAUCCUCAAAGUCGACAAGCGUGCCGCGCCCACAAAAAUCCAUUACUUCCUCUCGGCCAGUAAGGAAUUCCCUGGCAAAUUCAUGCUCUCGUAUCUUCCACGCACCAAAGCCAGACAUGAAUAUGUCACCGUCACUCCGGAUGGCUUCCGGUUCCGUCACCAGAACUUUGACAGUCUCUCAUCUCUGAUGAAAUGGUUCAAAGAGCAUUUCCGAGACCCCAUUCCUGGCACCCCCGGGAGGAGCACGAGCCGAACACCUUACAAUAUGGCCGGAACUCCCGGAGGAGGAAUCACUCCGGGGGCUAUGAGUCUGGCUGCGGGCACGCCUUUCAACCCCACGCCCGGUUUCGGUAACAACGCGAGUACACCCUAUACACCUAGUGGACAAACCCCGUUCAUGACGCCGCAUCAAACCCCGGGUGCAUUUGUCACGCCGAGACAUACGCCUCGCUCAGGUAUCCCCGUGGGUGGCCCACCCCAUCGAUCGAGCGGCAACACACCCCAGGGCGGCACCCCUCGUAGUGGACGCCAACCUCCUAUGCCGAGGCAAGGCAUGCCCCCACCGCACGGAGGUGGUUACACGCCAGGUCGUGGUCCACCACACGGAACUCCAAGUGGAACCCCUGGGGGUCGUCGACCUGCGCCUUAUCCCAGUCCCUCUGGCGGUUACGGUAGUGGUGGCUACAGUCGCGGUCAAAGCCCGGCCACGGGACACCCCCCUCGCGGAGGUCGAGAUCAAGAUGCUUGGGCUACAGCCGGUGAUGCGUGGGCCAAAGGUGGGCGUCGCACUCCGGCCAAUACGACUCCUCGAGGUUACACCGGUAGCACGACGCCCCGUUUUGAUGAAGCAUCAAACCGGACUCCACGAUAUGAAGACUCCACCCAAAAUCAGCGGACACCAAGACAAGGAGGCUCCGGGACGCGAACGCCCCGAGGAGGAGUGGAUUCCACACCCCUAUAUGACGAGUAGGAAGUAUCAAACGUUGUUCGUCUAUUGUCAAGCCCGCGUCCAAGAGAUUCUGCGCAUCAUUUUUCAGUAUCCGAACAUUCGGUUUCUUUUUUUUUUUUGUUAAAUGCUAAUAAUCAGCUACGUCUAAUCAGAAUAACUGUGAGAAUAAUAAAUCGAAGACAUAUGUACGUUUGUCGUCCUAAGCUGGCA